UAUAGACCCAAUUAAAAUGAAAUCUAGCUAGCUGUGAAAUAUAAAAAAAAAUCUGAAUUAAUGGUAGUGCAGUUUUGAAGAGUUAAGCAAAUCCAUCAAAGGUGGGGGUUUGAAGGGUGACAGUUCUCGGUGACAUGUGGUGAGGUCCUGCCCCUGUUCCCCGGUCGGACCCGGUGGAGCUUGAGCUUGAGGAAAACAGCCUGAGCCAGACGGACGAGAGAGAAAAAUCGCAGGAUGAAGAAGAUAUCAAGACGAUGUUAGCCAGAGAUGAUGGCUGUUCAGAGCACCCCACCCAGUUCUUCGAUGUCGACAGCCAAGCCGGGGACGACAGAGGGAGCGGGAUCGUCGCAGCCGACGCCAAGCACGACGAUGCCGACGACCACGAGCAUGGCUGGGCCGCCGGAGGUUGAAUCGACGAUCCAGCGGCUCUCCGAACACCGGAACGUCCGCGGAGUGAUCAUCCUCAAUCGCGACGGCGUUGUCAUCCGCUCCUCCGGCCCGGUCUUCCAGGGCAGUGACGGCGUCAUCGUGCUUCGUAGGUACGCUUCGGAGGCCAGGAAAAUCGUCGACGCCGUCGGGAGCUCUGUCGAUCGCAUGGAACUCGACGAUCAAUUGAGGUUUCUCAGAAUCAGGACUCAACAGCACGAAUUGCUCAUCACCCCUGAUUCCAAAUUUACCCUGGUCGUCAUUCAGGAUCCGACAAAAUGAAUUCCUCCAUUAUCUCUUCAUUGAUAGCUUGAUUCUUUAUAUUCCCUAAAAAUUGCAAGAGACAGCCAAGAUAAACGCUGGAAAAUUCACACACACGCAGAGGGUUGAGAUGGAAUGGGCAGUGAUCUCAGCGACGGUCGUUUUAAGGAGGGAAUUUGUCGACUGGUAUUGGCUUCCAUGUGAUUGAGCGUCUCUUCCCCUCUUUGUGGAAUAAAGCGGUUCCUGUGCAUAUAGAUGACAUGCAUGUAUUCUAUCAAACCUAAAAAUUAAAUUCAAUUAAGUGCAUUUCUUUUGGAUUUCUAUGUGUGCCACUCUCGUGUUAGUCUAACGCAACUACUGGUGGAAGUCAAGGAGAGCCCAAUUUUGAGAAUGUUUAGUGCUGAAUCCACAGUUUACUCAGGGCCGCUUAAUGCUUCUCAGAUUUGUGUAAUCUCGACCAUUGCUUUCCUGCGAGGAGGAGUGAUACGUCGGUUGUUGUGUGGUCGGAGAGAGGAAGAAUUGGAAGGCUUCAACUCGGAGAAACUGUAAGACUAUUUAUUCUGUGGAAGUUUUUCCCAUCUUCAAAAAUACUUCAGCAGCAAUCUUACAGCCGAGUCAAGCAAGCCCUCCCUUUGCACAAGCAGGCCGCUUGAAAACAGGAAACGGCCGACACAUACGCGGUGAAGGAACAUGUAAGUGGCCGCGGUUUCUUGGCUCCGCACGUAUGUUAUGUAGGCUGCUUUUGUCAGACUGAGCCUGUUUACAUGACUAGCAAUUACACACUGGAAGUGCUGAGCCGACAAGCCCUGCUGCCACUGCUGCUGAAGGCUCAGCAGC